GUCUUUGUUCAUAUUACUUCUCUCAAAUAUUGCUCGUCAUGAAUCAGGUGUCAUUGCUUUAAAUAAACUGAAUACAAUCAAGAUACUAAAACAAUUUAAGGCAAAAUAUUCAUCUACUUUAAUUAAACUUCAAGAUGUUAAUACUUCAUACUAUAUGAUGUAUGCAGCAUUAUUAGAACCAAACGAAUUGAAAAAUGAUACCGAUUCGAUGGUAGAAACAGUAAUUGAUUAUAUAUUUAGCGAAAUAAUUUAUGCAUUUGAAUCACCCUCAUUAUACAGUAAAACAUACCAUGUCACUGAACUUUUAGUCUUACUAUCAAAACUAGUAGUUAAUGAUAAAUGCAUUCAAUAUAUUUUGAAUCAAACGAAAAUUAAUGCAUACGAUUAUUUCAUGGAAAAGUUUAUUCAAUACAAUAAAAUCAAGAUAGUUGACGAAUUGAUAGAAUUAAUUUGUUUAACAUUAUUCAAUAUAUUUUGGAGUAUUAGUUUUCAAAAUGGUUACGAUAAAAAAUUAAAAGUAAAUAUACAAUUUGUUGAUAUUGUUCAAGUAAACCAAAAUAAUACAAUUUUAGGUGUAAAAAAUGCAGCAAAAGGUAUUUUAUCGAAUCUUGAUAUUAAUCAAAAUUUGAUUACGUCUAAUAUCGUUUCAUCAAUUGAUGAGAAUGACAUGAGUAUUAUGGUAUCGUAUUCACAUCAGGAUAGAGAUUUUUGUCAAAAACUUGUAUCGAAUUUAAAAGAGAAAAUAAGUAAUGUGUGGGUCGAUUAUGAAAGACUCAAAUCGAAUGAAGGCUGGGAAGAUGUUGCGAAUGCUAUAACACAAGCAAAAAUUAUCUUAAUAAUUGCAACACAAAAUUAUUGUGCAUCAAACUCGUGUCGUCAAGAAGCGAUAUAUGCAUACACACAGGGCAAAAUAAUUAUACCUCUUUUUCUCUCCCGAGAUUAUCAACCCGAAAAAUGGUUAGCAAUACGAAUUGAAAAUGUAGCAUAUAUCCGAUUUAAUACGGAUUUAUUUGAAAAAACGUUUUCGAAGUUGGUUGAUCUUAUCUUUAUGAGUGAGAAAAAAAGAUCGACUGAUAAAUUAAAGCUGAAUCACGCAGUAAUUUCUACGAAACCAAUAGCACUUACUCUUAUCAACGAGAAAAUACUUUCGAAAAAAGAAAUUAACGUGCAACAAGUUUCAUUAGAACAUACAGCAUCAUUUCUAUCGUCAUCAUCACAUUUAACCAACAAAUCUGUACACAACUGGACAUUUGAUGACGUAAAACAAUGGUUUCGGCAAGAAAACUUACCAACAUCUUUGUGUUCGUUAUUUUCAUUCAAAAAUGUGAUUUAUGCAAAAUUAUUAUUGAAUGAUAAAUCAAAAAUUCAUAAAGAAUACGAUAUUUUAUCGAGUCGUUUAUAUAGGGAACCAUUUUAUUGGGAUCAUUACUCAAAUUUUAUCAGUUCAUUGGAAAAUUUAAUACAACGGAAAUCAAUUUAUUCGUGGACACCGAAUGAUAUUCAACAGUGGUUUAAUGAACAAAAUUUACCAUCUUAUUUAUGUUCAAUGUACAGUUUUUCUAACGGAAAAUCACUUGUUACUUACGCUCAACUUUUAAUGAAAGUUGAAGUAGACAAUGAAUAUAACCGAUUAAAAAAACGUGUGAAGAGCGAAUAUAAUAAACAAUUUUAUCCCGAUGAAUAUGCAAAGUUGUUUACUGCAAUGACUAGUCUGGUAAACAAUACUAAAAAUGAAAUAAGAAGAGAAGAACAGUUUAGACAGGACAAUGGUAUACAAUCAUGCAGAAUUUUGUAG